CGUCAUAUCGGAUGUAAAACGAAUCAUCACGCAUGGUAACACCACCAAAAUGGACAAAGUCAUUCGUUGGUUUUACUGCAACCCAAGUAUCCCAACACUUACACUGCAACAUUCAUAAGUGGUCAUUUCACUCUCUCUCUCUUAAAUUUGAAUACACCCAAAAAAAAAAUGUGUUAAAAAAAGGAGAGAUCCUUGUUUCUUUAUUCACGGAAAGUACGUUCCAGAUUCCGAGCACAAAGCCACUUUUCAAAGAUCAGAACAUUGCACAUUCCUCGCCAUAGCACACGUUUCCGUGCCCCCACUAUAUUUUUAUCCUCUUCCCAAUAUACCCUUUCAACUAAAACUGUUUCUCGAAAGUUCCAAACCCUAACGUAACCUCUCACCACCGCUUCUCCAAUAUAAGCCAUUGCACUCUCUUUCCCUUCCGAGACGGGACAUGGAGAGUUACGGGUCGGGUCAUGGUUCGGGUCACCGUCCGCACGGAGGUGGCCGUAAGAUGGAGGUUGUGAGCGGCAAAAGCCACGGUUGGAGUUCUACUAAAUCACCGGAUUCAACUCAGGCGAGUGAAAUGCCGUGGAGAUUCGGCGAUCCUGAAGCGAAGAGGAAGAAAAGGAUAGCGAAGUACAAGGUUUACGGCGUAGAAGGAAGGGUUAAGGCUACGCUCAAGAAAGGUCUUCGAUGGAUCAAGAAAAAGUGUUCUCAGAUCCAUGGCUACUAGUAGAAAUACUCAGAAGCCAGCCACGUCAAAUGCUGACGUGUCAGUAUCUAAAUGUUGGGAUGCUACUCCUCAUAUCAUAUCACAUGCAAAGGGUCAAUUCUAUGUUUAUUUAUCCUUUCACUCAAACCACUUUAUGCAUCUAUUGUGCAUUGAUAGAGGAUUUCUAAUUUCUAUCUUGUUUGUAUGAUCACAAGGGUCUUCCAUGAAAUAUGAGCCAUUAAUAGAGUUCUAUUUCUAAUCGGAAUUUUGAUGUCAAUGUUGUUCCUAUCUUAUCAAGUUCCAUUUACUUUUAUAAAAAAUAUUCGCAAA